CUUCUACUUAGAAACACUAACUGGUCGGUGUAUACGCAUAUUGGAUUCAACGAAGUAUUCAAGUAAUGGUACAAAUGGCAUAGAACAUGCCAUUUUUAGAAUUAUAGAACAAUACCCACUGCUUGCCAUUAGGGAAACAUAUCACCGGAGAACAAAGAACAGAUAGCCAAUAAAAUAGACAGUGACCUGAUUUAACAUCACUAUCGGAAGAAAUGUCAAUUAGACAAACUGGAAUACGGAAAAUGGAAUGCUACAUUCGUGUAUACAGGAUAUGACAAUAUAUAGUGCGGAAGACCUCAAAACAUAAGAUAUUGUUGAACAAGACAAGUUAGAAGUGCCGACUAUUUCUGGUACAUUGAACAAUUAUUUUAGAAAAAUAGAUUGUACAAAGGAUAUUACAAGCAUUGGAUACCAUGGGCAUUUCGCAGAACUUUUGCGUCAGUGGAGAUGUCGAGGAUUUCAUUUGUUACAUAUGUCUAGAUAUAUUCGACAAGCCUGUGGAAACGUCUUGUAAGCACAUUUUCUGCAACACUUGUAUUUUGAAGCGACUCAUCACCAAGAAACGUGAAUGCCCCAUAUGCAGUUCCCGGAUGUCCAAAGUGACUAAAGUGCCAUCUGAUGGAUUCUAUGAGAAAUAUAACAAAUUAGAGAUGCGUUGUAGUUUUAAAUGUGGCCAUAUUGGCCUUUUAGGCGACAGGGAUGAACAUCUGAAUUUAAAAUGUCCGAGUGUAAAGACAACAUGCCCCAAUAUCUCAAUUGGUUGUAAAAUAUUCGUAAAGCGAAAGCAACUAGAUGACCAUAUACGUACGUGUCGGUAUAGAUACGUUACCUGUGAAGCAUGCGACCAUAAGACGCAAUAUCUUGACCUGUUCACACACCAAAAAGUGACGGGCUGUUUCGAAAAGAAACUAAAACAAGAACUAGUUCAGAAUGCAAGGACUAUAUCAGCAAAUGUACGGAAGCAUCGGAUGGAGCUCAAACAAGAAGAAAUGCUAAAACAGCAGAACGAGAUGAAACGAGAACACCAGAAAACGUGCCCUCGUGGUGAUGAAUCUGAUCGACAGUCUCCGCGACUGCGGCGAUCGGGAGCUAGCCCGAGGAGAAGUCCUCGCAGAUCGCCAAGGGCGCUUGCCGACAAAAGCGAUAAACCAUUACUUCAAAGCUAUAUUGAAUCAGAUCGAGAGCACUUAAAACAAGAUGACGAAAUGUACCUUGAAAUGAUUAUUGGGUCUAACAAUAGUCUCCAUACAGCAAAAGACGGCGACGACUACUUGGCUAUGGAUACAUAUGCACAGUUUGACAGAGGAGAAUUUGAUCCAACUCCCUCACCGUUUGCGCAAAGUCCGAUGGCUCCACUGUGUUCUCGAUGCAAUAAAACGUUUACCAUUAACACCACCAAAUCCUGCGCAUGGCAUAAGGGGGUAAAUAGUUACUAAAUAGGCUAGACUUAACGCAUGUCUUAUUUAUUGUUUGCAUUUGAUAUGAUUAGUUAGUGGCAAGUUCUUCAAAUCAACCAGUAUAGUAAAGUUCGCAAAGAAAACAUAGUUUGGUUCCCACAUAUGAAAUUGUACGUAGGAGACAUCCACCUACAAGUCAGAAUCUGAAGUAAUCUAUGAUUUAAAUUUGAAUCGCAUGUGUGGUUUCUUACUUGUCAAACAGUACGAUAAACGAACACAUGUACCAAAUAUAUUAAUUUCGUUUUCUACUCUUUUUCAUAACCUGUUCUCUCGUCUUCCGAUUUUGUCAUCAUAAAAG